UUCACCGGUCUGUCGCUUACUCGGGGAGUUUUCUCUCAGUGGGAUGAUAGCGGACGAAGUUUGGAGGCGAAAACCAAACACAUGAGAUCUACGAAGGAGUCGCUGCCCGCAACAUAACUUCAGCCUUACUCAUGGAUAUAAAUUAAGCCCGUAAAGUGGAUACGUUUAGCCGGUGUUUAAGGCGGCGCUUUUAUUGACUCUUGAGGACAGCAACGACGAUGCCCUUUUAAACGGGAGAAGUUUUCUAGGGUGUUCAAGAGAGAGAGAGAGAGAGAGAGAGAGAGAGAGAGAGAGAGAAGCCCCAGACAUGAUGUCCAUUGGAGCUGAUAGCUGACACUGUAGAAUGAGAGAGGAUGGAACAGACAGAUAACCCUGCCCCUGAGAGCAACAACCCUAAUGGGUUUGUCAACCGAGUGUUUAAUGUUUCUCUGGAUGUGGAGAAUGAAACCAGCAGUGUUUAUAUUCAGGAGACUGGGCCAGGGUCUGCAGAGGGGCAGGGAGAGAUCCAGGCUGCCUCUUCUCAGACCCCUGUCAAGGACAGACAGGAGGUCAACCGGAGGCCCCGUGCCACAGGGGGCAUCUGGAAGAUCUUGAACCGAAAGAGAGCUGUCUCAGAGCUGGAGCGCAGACCCCACUCCAUGAUCCUGCCCGGGGAGGCUUCCAUCCCUAAACUCUCGUUUGCUGACAAGGUUCGCUCCUUCAAGAAGCUUAAAUCCCCUUCUGUGUUUAGGGGGAAGACAGGGAAAUUGUCUACUGCCAAGUUCGGGAGCUCUUUGGUGGAUGAGGAAUCUUUCUGCCGAGAGAUUGGCACUCCUCAGCAGUCCAGCAGGGGCACACUGAGACAACGUGGCAAGAGGCACUCGUAUGCUGGCUACACAGCAGAAUUUGACUGCUCGUUUGAAGACAUUGACCUCACAGCUCCUACGGACAGCCAGCAGCCCACUGUAACGGGAGAGGCUGUGACUCAGAAUGGUUGUAAACCAUCAGAAAGAGUUUACUAUAGUAAAAGAAGCCACAACAAUUCAAACAACUGUAACAAAACAGCUGCAGGUUGUGAAGAGCCUAGCAUUAAAGAUAGCCCAAGCACCCACCAGGGUAGAGGAAGGAGGCAUAAAGAUGUGUGGAGUUACCUGAGGAGGAUUUCCCUUUUAGGAAAGGCCAAUCCUGUCUACUCAGAGAGGAGCUUUGACUCUGAGCUUCCCUCGAUGGACAAGACCAUGGACUCAGACUAUGGUUCUGUAGACUUUGAGAGUGUCAGAGACUUUCAGCCACCGCCCCCAAAACUCUCUGACAACAAGGGGCACUUUGGUGGUCUGUUCAAGUUUUUCAGCAGUGUAGCAGAGACAGCCAGAAAAUGGCGGACAACAUCACACUCCUUUUCUCCUCCAGAGGAAGAGAGGACUCCAAUCAGCUCCCCUUGUACCACACAGCGCACAGUGGACAAUAUUCACAGUGUGUCCCUAACACUACACAGUGAAGGAGUUCCAAAAUCCCAGCCUAUUCCAUCAUCACCACUGACCGCUAAAUCCUCACACUCCAGUAGCUUUGACAGCAUGGCUCCAGCACCUGUGACAGGUGGAAGAUCCCCUAAAGUGGUCCUGAAAGCCUUUAGGGCAUGCCCAGGAUCUCAAGCUGUCAAUGGCUUUCAGAGUUCUGAUGGCAGAGACAAACAUAUAGACAGAGACACAAACCACAGGUCCACAGCCUUAGUAGAGAAUCAUAUUCCCCAGUCAGGUCCAAACACAGAGACUGAAAAAGAAUCAGAGGUUGAAAGUGAUCCAUUAAACUGUCUCUGUCAAGAGGAAAAGGUAGAGGGACAGACAGGAAAUGAGCAGGAUUCCAGGGAUGCUCCACCUGACUCCCACCAGAUACAGGAAGUACAUGUCCAAUCACAACAAGGUGAUAAAGAGAGCACAACCAAUAGCGUACCACCAUCAGAUUCCACAGAGGAAAUAUUUAAGCUGUGUAAGCAGAUUGCCACCCAGACAGGCUGCAGUGUAAGACAGCUGUGCCCAGCCAUGCCCCACUCUAGCACAGAGAAGACCUCUGUACAUCACAAGCCCCAGCGCCCUCGUCCUCGCCCGGCCUCAGCUGUACUGGACCUGUGGAGGCCCAACCCAGACCGAGAUCUCUACAGCCAUUAUAGUGAGGUUGGCUCACUGUGCCGGCGGAGACGCAGGCCUGCUCCCACCAUGCAACACUCUCCGGGGCAGAGACGGAUGGCUGCUCGCUCCAGGCCUUGCUCUGUCAUAGAGACCAGUGUUACUAAGGAGACGCAGUCCACGGUGCUGCACCACAGAGCCUUGUCUCGCCCCUCGGGUGUGUCACCGUUAGAGCCCCCACUCAGGGCGUCUCUCCAGCGGUGCCGCUCCCUGCCACUACCCCCCAGCACUCUCACUGCCUUGGCGCUGCUCCUUCCUCAGUCAGACAUGGGUCAGUCGUCAUCGUCGGUGCGUCUGCGGUCUGGAGGCUCUGGUAGCUGCAGGAGGAGGAGGCUGCUAAGACCCGGUUCAGAACCACUACAGGUCAACAUUUUGAUAAGUGGAGGUUCAAUCGUCAACGCUGAGGCGGUAUGGGACCAUGUGACCAUGGCGGACCGGGAGUUGGCGUUUAAGGCCGGUGACGUCAUCAAGGUGCUGGACGCCUCCAACAAGGACUGGUGGUGGGGCCAGAUUGAUGAGGAGGAAGGAUGGUUCCCUGCCAGCUUUGUACGGGUGGAACCCCACCCUCCUCAGCCCCAAACAAAACAGGUUUUCUAUAUCAACCCCAUAGCAACUCCACGGUUCCAAAACACCACGUCAAAGCUGUGGGUGAACCAGGAGGAUGGGGGAGCGGAGCCAGCUGAGGGGACCAGCGAAGUGCAGAACGGGCACCUGGACCCGACCAAUGACUGCCUGUGUCUGGGCUCGCCCCUCCAGAACCGAGACCAGAUGAGAGCUAACGUCAUCAAUGAGAUCAUGAGCACAGAGAGACAUUACAUCAAACACCUCAAGGACAUCUGUGAGGGUUACCUGCGCCAGUGCAGGAAGCGCGUGGACAUGUUCAAUGACGACCAGCUGAAGGUCAUCUUUGGGAACAUCGAGGACAUCUACCGCUUCCAGAUGGGCUUUGUUAGAGACUUGGAGAAACAGUACAACACAGAGGAACCCCACCUCUCUGAAAUUGGACCGUGCUUUUUAGAACACCAAGAUGGUUUUUGGAUCUAUUCAGAAUACUGUAACAACCACUUGGAUGCCUGUAUGGAGCUGAGCAAACUGAUGAGGGAUGGCAGGUACCAGCACUUCUUCGAGGCCUGUCGCCUCCUCCAGCAAAUGAUUGACAUUGCCAUAGACGGCUUCUUGCUCACCCCUGUCCAGAAAAUCUGCAAAUAUCCACUGCAGUUGGCUGAGCUUCUCAAAUACACUGCGCAGGAGCACAGUGACUAUCGAUACGUGGCAGCAGCGCUGGCAGUAAUGCGGAACGUCACUCAGCAGAUCAACGAGAGGAAGAGGAGGCUGGAGAACAUCGACAAGAUCGCCCAGUGGCAAGCCUCUGUUCUGGACUGGGAGGGGGAUGAUAUCUUGGACAGGAGCUCGGAGCUCAUCUACACUGGGGAGUUGUCAUGGAUCUAUCAGCCGUAUGGACGCAGCCAGCAGCGAGUCUUCUUCCUCUUUGAUCACCAGCUGGUGCUCUGUAAGAAGGACCUGAUACGCCGGGACAUCCUUUACUAUAAGGGCCGCAUCGACAUGGAUCGCUACGAGGUGCGGGACGCCAUAGACGGGCGUGACGAUGACUUCAACGUCAGUGUGAAGAACGCCUUCAAGUUGUGCAACAGAGACAGCGAGGAAAUCCACAUCUUCCUGGCCAAGAAGCCAGAGGAGAAGAUCCGCUGGCUCAGGGCCUUCCACGAGGAGAGGAAGAUGGUGCAGGAGGAUGAGAAAAUCGGUUUCGAGAUCUCUGAGUACCAGAAGCGUCAGGCGGCCAUGACAGUGAGAAAGGUGACCAAACAGAAAGGUGUAAACAGGUGCACGCCCCCCUCAUACCCGCCCCCCCAGGACCCCCUCAGUGCGGGGCAGUAUGAGGUAACGGAGGACAUGGCACAAGGAGAGGUUUUUGAAUUCAGUCAAUCCAAAAGAGGCCAGGCUCCUUUCUGGCAGAAUUUUAGUAGAUUAGCUCCAUUUAAGAAAUAGAGAUACACAGACUCUUCUGAAGGACCAGCUAUUUUUCUUAGAAGCACUAAACACUGGAUGACCAUGUCCCAUGACGAAGAAAAAUACGAAAAAAACACAUACACAAGAGACUUCGAGGUAAAGGACCAAUGUUAAUAUAGAGUGUGAUUGGAAGCAGCAAGAGGACUGAAGACUUGAGAAAUUGAGGAAAAAAAAAACUUACAAUUCAUAUAUGUUAGUAACGUUCUUAGUUAUCAUGCUUCUCCAGCUGAGUCAACUGUCAUGAACUCUUUCCCUUCGGAUUCUGCAUAUUCACACCAUCUGAAUGUCCUGGAGUUACUGAGAUUGUUAUUUUUAUUUCAUUUUUAAUUCAUCAUCUGGAAAGUAACCCAAGGCCAAGCUAGGGCCUUCCCCAGUAGUGUGAGUGUAUCCAAAAGCUGAGAUCUUGCUGUGUUGCUGUGUGAGAUUGCUUGUCGCUUUCUUCUGAAUGUGAGAUUGAAUAAUAACGUCUGAAGGACCUACGAAGCCAGACCGAUCACAGACCAGUUAGAUCAGCUCUGCUCCACUGAUGUCUGCGUCUGGAUCGCCUCAUCACUCUCAACGCUCCAUGUUCCUCUCGCUAGCUGUUUGCAUAUAGUAGCCCCUCUCUUCAACAAGUCUGAUAUUCACAGUGUUUCCCUCACUCUCUCUGCAUCCCUCUUCUUGUCCUCCUCAUUCUUUCACUCUACCCGCCUGCUCCGCCUCUGUGAGUCAGUAGCUCUCAGGGGGAGAGCUUCAUUCUUUUGGAAUCCUGCCAUUGGCCACGGCGAUGAUGGGUCAGGGAGCAAAUCAAUAGUCGAAACAUCAAUAGAAUAUUUACAUCCGCUCACCAACCACUUUUGACAGGGUAUUCAUAACCGAUUACAUUGAGGGGCUGUGGGUUUUGCAUUUGACGGAGAGCUCAGAUGAAACAGCUGGGAGCAGGAGAUAGGCAGGCUAGGGUUCACCUGCGUCGUGUCAGAGCCCCUCCCCACUCUCCCCAGAGACCACCCCUGUAGCACUGUGCUGGCAGCUCACUGGGUGUUUGGAAAGAGCACGCCCUACCUCCAGAAGUCCACUGAGAGCUUAAAGUGAAGUUGAUGCAUUGGCCGAGGUCCAAAACAAUAUCUCUUUUUUCACGUCAGCUGUGGGAAAAACAAACAAACAAAAAAAGACUUCUUCAGUUGACUUAAUUAUUUUAUAUUUCUCACUUUUUAAAAAGCACACAGCACAUCUUCAGUUUGAGUAGGACUUCUUCUCUCAUUUGAGUAGGAACGAUGCAGACAUGCCAUGCCACAGUGUGAGAAAUUAGAGCUCUAACCAGCACAAGGGGAAAUGGUCAACAAAAAUGGCAGAAAUUAUAAUUAAACAGGACAACCAUAUCAGGUGACUGUGAGUCAGGAUAGAGUGCGGAAGUGUGAGCCAAUACCAAAGGGAGGCGGGAGGGUGAAUGUAAUCUGUAGCAUGUAGGUGUCCUCUGACAUAUUCAUGCAUCUCUAAAGACUGCAGCUUCAAACCUUGGCACUGCUCCCCGUCACGCUGUUUUCCAGAUCUGAUCCUUGCCCUGGCAGUUAGCUUGGCACUGUUAAGUGAUUUACAAAAGGACUGUGGCCUGAUCCGAAUGAUUAAUCAGCAAUGUCCCCAACGCUGCCGUUAGCGAGAUCCCGUGCUACUUCAACAGAGUUGUUAGAAAAAGGACGAUGUACUGAGGAGAAACUACUGAGGUGUAUUCUUUUUUCUACGGUUGGAAUGUAAGUAACACAUCUGUCCAUGGUUUGUGAUCAUAUUUUGACCUCAGAUACAGAAGUACAUUUUGUGUUGAAUUAUAUCACCUGAUGGACAGUACAUAUACAGUAUGACAACUUGUGCAAUGUGAUAUAUCAUUAUAUUUCUUCACUAUUCACUACAACGUGAUAUGAAAGAGUUAUAUAUCGUUCUAUGUCAUUUGUUUGCCUUCUUAUAGGGCUUAUAACCUAUUGGAGAAAAAAAAGACCUUAGAAUUGCUUUGUAUGUUGUGUAAUUUAUGUUUUGUUUCAGUAAAGAAAGUUGAGAAAUGGGUGAGUUGGCUGCUGGUGUCUGUAGAGAUGGCUCCCAGUGAGAUUGUUUUGGAAGAUAAAUCCAUGGUCUGGCACAGCAAAAACGAUAUGGUUCCCAGGCCAUGAUAACCUCAGGUCCCGUGCAACAACCCCCCCACCCCCACCCCAC